CUUUCUCCUCUCAUUGUUUCUCCUCUCUUAUGUCCACAUCUGCCUAAGGACAGCCUUUCCAUGACCAUAGCCAGGAGUGGCCUCCAGUCAGACACUAACUUUCCCACCCUGCUAACCCCUCACCUAGAACUUGGAGUGUCCUUCUGAAGGCCAGAAUCCCAGCAUGAGCAUUUCAGACCAGAACAUUUUGUCCUCCCUCGAGAACACCAUAAAAAUUAUAAGCAAGCUAAAUACACCAAAGUGGAACAUUGAGGAAUGCUUCCCCUUUUCCAUUGGAAACAAUCCUGUGGUGAAGACUUGCAGCCACGUGGUCUCGUAUCCUGCUUAAUGACUCUCCGGAGUUCCAUCGAGGAAUCCCCAGUGUCAGAGGAGAGACUGCGAGUGCGCAGCUGCAGCCUGGAGAACCGUGGCCCGGGAACGCGCGCGGCUGGGCGGUAUUUUUCUCACUUCUACGUCAUCUCGGUGCUGUGGAAUGGCUUCCUGCUUUGGUUCCUUACCCAAUCUCUGUUCCUGGGAGUACCUUUUCCACACUGGCUUCACCGUUUGCUCAGAAUUCUUGGGGCAGCGCAGUUCCAAGGGGGUGAGCUGGCACUGUCUGCCUUCUUAGUGCUCGUGUUCCUGUGGCUGCACAGCUUGCGGAGACUCUUCGAGUGCUUCUACGUCAGUGUCUUCUCCAACGCCGUGAUUCACCUUGUGCAGUAUUGUUUUGGACUUGUCUACUACGUCCUGGUCGGCCUGACGGUGCUGAGCCAGGUGCCACUGGAUGGCAGGAAUGUCUAUGUAAUAGGGAAAAAUCUGUUGAUGCAAGCACGCUGGUUUCACAUCCUGGGAAUGAUGAUGUUCUUCUGGUCAUCUGCCCAUCAGUACAAAUGCCACGUCAUUCUCGGCAAUCUCAGGAAAAAUAAAGCAGGAGUGGUCAUUCACUGCAACCAUCGGAUCCCAUUUGGAGACUGGUUUGAAUAUGUUUCUUCCCCUAACUACUUAGCAGAGCUGAUGAUCUACAUUUCCAUGGCUGUCACCUUUGGGUUCCACAAUUUAACUUGGUGGCUAGUGGUGACAUAUGUCUUCUUCAGCCAGGCCCUGUCUGCUUUCCUCAGCCACAAAUUCUACAAAAGCAAAUUUGUCUCCUACCCAAAGCAUAGGAAAGCUUUCCUACCAUUUUUGUUUUGAGAGAACCUCAGUCAUGAAGAAAGCAAGUUAGGUGACAAGUUCAAUGCCUAGAGACUGUGAGACCAAAGUGCACUUUCGGCAGAACUGUUUGAAAUUCUUUGUUCCAUAAAUUCUUUACCAAGUGAACAAAGCAAUACCCUGGAGCAGAUAAAUCUUCAGAGUGUCUUCAAAGAAGAAAUACUUCUGGCAGACUUAGGGUUGCCACCUCUGCUUUCUGCCAUGCUUUACAAAGCCAACCAACAGAUUAAAAAGUAGACAAGAUUUCUCCAAGCUGCUUCACAAGCACACUAACCAAGUCCAGACAGCUUCACACACGUACACAUGUACACCAAGAGGAGACAAGACCAUCAGCAGCUGGAAAGCUUGUUAGGGAACAAUGAACUGCACUAGAUAGUGAGGGAUAUAGUAGGGGUUCAAUAAAUAUUUGUAAAGUUCAAUUAUAGCAGAAUAACAUUUGAAAAUAACAUUAACAUAUAAUUUGACACCAACCAUUUCAAAGAAAGAUGAGUCAUUGGGGUUAAUCUAUACUGUCACGUAUUGCCACAAGAAUCUCCAGUUAUGAAACCAUUUGAAAAGUUACGAAAUUUGAAGUUAUGAAAUGAAGCCAUUUCCACUCAUCUCCCCUGCAAGUCGGCCUAAUAGAAAGUUUUAAAACUUACUUAAUUCUUCUUUGACACUCCUUUCAAGAGAGUCCUUUAAAAGCAAAAGCAUUGAAAAAUAAAAUACUUUUAUAUUUAUGCAUAAAAAACCUUCUUUGAACUGAUAUGCUCUGGACCAGAUACUACUGAGGCCUCCUUCAGCAGUAGUUAUUCAAAUUGAAUAAUGUCACCUGAGUGCAUUUCAACUAACAGAAUGAAUUUGGAGCUAUCUAGGAAUAAAGUUUACACUUUAAAUUGCUUAUGCUAAAGAAAAUAUCCAUGCUUAAGUCAAAGGGAAAUAAAUGCAUAGCAUGAAAGGAAAACUAAAUCUUAAACAAUAAUACUAUAGCCUGAGCACAUUCACACAGCAUAGGACUUUCUAGCUCCUGGGUGAGAUAUUAACUUACUCCUUUUAUGCAAAUGUUGCAUUAUAGUCCACUAAGUGCACUUAUUUGUGCCUUGCUAAGGGGGAAAGAACCUCAUUAUUAAUCAGACACAUCAAAUGCACAGUCUAAUAGUAUAUUCCCCACCUUCAUCCUGGGUAGUAAGCCUAGAUUAAAACCAGUUCCUUUAAAUCUCACUUUAAAUACAUGCAUAGCAAAACACAUCCUGAAGUUCUUUCAUUCAUUCUGAUGUCACAUUUUCUCUCCCAUCAAUCAAAUACCACUUAAUGUAGCCCACUGCUUGGUCUGUUCAAGUACAUGACAUAUUCAUUCCAUUUUGUCAGUUAGAAUUUGCUGUUUUCCAAAUCGGGACCCUGGAACAAAAGCUUUUCUACUUUGGAAAUGUAAAGCAUAUUUUAGGUUGGUUUUAAUUUCCACACAAAUAGGCUGUGUAAUUUUAAAUAAAUUAUUGAGGGAAAAGUUGUAUUUUACUUUAACAUGCAAUUUUAUACCUAGGAUUUGACUGAUGUGCUGGAGUCUUACUGUACUUGGAAGUGAAAUAGUGAGCAGAUGCCCACGAUGUAUUCUGUCGGGAACUAUGAGAAAGCAUUGCCGUUUCCUGUUCCUUGUCCUUGCUGUCCCUUGCACACUGUCCCCUGUCUCUUACUUUCCCUUCUCUUCUGUGCCCAAACAAUGCAUUUCUAGUUGGAAAUUAAAAAGGAAAUAGUGAUGUCUUCAAAGGAGUUUCAGACAAACUAGCAUGGCUUUUGGUAAAGCUUAACUGAUGGCACAUAAUUGAGAAUUGUGAGCAGCCAGAGACGUGGCUCACUGGUAGAGCAGAAGGCCCUGAAUCAUCUCCAGCACUGGAAAAAAUAAAAAGAAAGAAAGGAAUGGAAAAAAAAAAAUGUGCUGUGCUUCUAAGGGCAGAAUCAGCACUGUUUUGCGCAAGUGAAAAUAAUUCUGUGCCUCUAAGGGGAGAGCACCACAGAGACUCACAAAUUCUUCACAAGGAUGACCCAGAAAUAGCGUGGAGGUGGAGAUUCUUGACUUUCCUGUGUGAGUAGCCUUAACCUUUCAUUCUAGGCUGCAUCAAGGUAAGGAAGUGAUACUGAACUACCUCAAAGCAGCAGUCUCUGGAUUGACUCCUGACUAUUCAAAGUAUGUUGAAAGUUUCCUUUGUUUUUGGCAAGUCUCCAAGUUCCAGCUCAUCCCACAUACUAACGUUUGCUUACAGUAAGCAUGAAUUACUUUGUCUCCAUAAAGCUGUGUUCUGUAUUAUAUUUUUAACUCAAUGAGUAGUUAUUGCUAGAAUUCCUACCUAAAAAAAAAAAAAAAAAGAAAGCCUUUGCAGAUAUUUUUGUACGAAUUUAACGGAUACUCAAUUUAAGGAAACUGUAAAUAUUUGCAAGACUGAAGAAAUCUGGAAACUCCAGAACCACUGACAGAUCAUGCAUCUCAAAAUGAACCCAUACAUUAAAGAAGAUCUUAAAAUAGUAAGAAGGCAAGUAGAAUGUUUUUACUCCUUUAACCUGUCUACAACAGUUUCUUCCAUCUCUUUUAUGUUACUUAUCAGGGAGGAAAAAACAUUGAGCUGGUUUUUAUAAAUAUAAUUGUGUAACCUAGGAUUUUUCUGGUAUACAACAAACAGCGGAAGGGGCAACAGUCCAUAAAUAAAUGCAUGUGGCAUAUUCAUCAUUGUUCUCAAAUUGCAAAGGUCUCCUAAGAGAGGCAUGUAUUGGUUUAGGGGAAAACAAAAUUAAAUUAUUCAAAUGUAAACUGUAUUAUAAAAAGUUACUCUAUGCACAUAAUUGAGAAGGUAUAACAUUAGGCCUUCAAAAAGACUGAACACUUGAAGCACUUAGAGGACACCAGUGCAUAAGGGAUUUCUCAACAGAAGGACAAAUUUCCUUCCCUUAUGUCCAGCCCUCAGGGUAAAAGCUCAUCUUGUCAGGGCUCCUUGGCCUCUCUGUGGAUUAGAAAAAGCAUCACUUUAGAACAUCCCCAGUGUAGCAGCAUGAGACUUGUGGGCGCAAAAAGCAGCUGGGCUCGGGGCUACAGCUGGAUGAGCAGAGCUCAGGCUGGCUGUCAGCUCCACUUGCUCCCUCAGCCUGGUGAUUGUGUGCAGUGUACAAACUGCACAACCUUCCAUAGAGACCUUGCUCAUCAUGCUGCCUCCCUGUCUGCAGAUUCUGUUCACUCUAGAAACAAAGGGAGACUUGAUUUCACGUGAUCAUCUCAUUGGGAGAGCCCAUAAGGGUAGAGCAGAAGAAGAUGGAAGCAGUCCAUGUAAAACACCUGCCCUCCCACACAUACAAGUUUAGUGGUUGACAGGUAAGUGAUCACCAAACAGUAGAGUGUUCAGAUUGCAGGCCCCAAGUAAAGAUGGUGUUUUGCUUCCUUUCCAGCUCAUUUUCCCAGUGCAACUCCAGCAAUUUUUUAACCCCACUAGAACCUCCAGUUUAUUUAUCUUAUCACAUUUUCAUUGUCCUUCAUUGCUCACAAGUCUUAUCUUAUCACCUUACCUUGCUUAAGUUCCAAGUAAAUCAUAAUCAGUACCUGUCUUCAGCUCUCUUGCCCCCAACCCCCAAUCCCAAUCUGGUGAAACCCAGCUCGCUGGGUGCGUGCAUGAUGCAGAGUGCACCUGCAGAGCUCUGCCGGUUCACAGAUUGCUUUAAACCCUUGACCACUAACCUCAGUGGCCUCCAGGCUGCAAUCAUGCUAAAACCUCCCCAGGCACUCACUCCACCACUCUCCUAACUACAUGUCCUCUGCCCUCAGGAAAGUGAGCUACUGGAAGAGUUUCCAGUAGGUCAUCACUGCCACACCUAAGCAUAUGUGGACAUCACAAUUGCUGGAGGAUACUUUUUUAAAAAGAAAUGUAAAAUCAUGAUUCUCAUAUUAAUAUCAAAGGAGCAUGUGCCAAAGAUUUUAUUUAUUUCAUGAAUCAAGGAAUGAGUAAGAUAUUAGAAUCAAUUGAAAGAAGAAUCCUGAAGACAUACCUACAUGGACAAUCAGGCAUGCCAAAAUGAAUCUGCUUAAUGGAUGCAAAACUGUCUUCUUUAACGGGCAAAGGAAAUCAAUUGUGUGUACACUAGAUGAAGUUCAUUCAUAGGGCUUUGGAAAAGAAUUAUUUGUAUUCCCAUCCAUCAUCUACAAUUAAUGUUAUAAAAUACCUCCAAGCUCAUGAAAGAUAAAAGAGCAUACUAGGCAGGACAACAAUAAUAUUUUUAUCUUAUUUCAAAAGUCACAAUUUUUUCCUGAAAGUACAGAAUUUGGCUUUUUACCCAAGCUGGAUCCCUCUACUCAAGUGCUAGAUUCAGUUCUGGUGACAUAGCAGAGGAAUGACCUUUUGCCAUCUCAGGGAAUUCUUGGCCAUUCCUCUGCUGUGUUACCAGUUUCUUGCCCUCUUCUCAACAUCACCAUCAGAAGACACACACCUUUCUAUCACCUUUUCCCUCACCAGAUAACACUCCGUUUCCUGCUGCCUUAGCAGCAUAACUCCUGGAAAGACCUGUCUGUUCUCACUAACUUCGGUUCUUUCCCUCGCACUUCUCAACCCACUCAUUAUUCCAUAGCUCUCGGGAUUCACUGGAAAUGCUCUUGAAAGAGUCACCAACAGUUAUGCUCCAAAGUCCCACGGUCACUUCUCCGAGCUUCACCAGCACAGUAGCUGCCAUUGGCCACUUCGCCUGGAUAUACUUUCUCCAGUUGAUUCCAAGGCACUACUGCUGGGUUUUCCUCCUACCUCCAAGACUGUUCCUUACCCGGUUCCUCUGCCCAUCCCUCCUCUAUUUCCUCACUGAGCGCUGAAGUGUCUAAACACUCAGGUUGGGGGCCCUUCCCCUCAAUACUUGGUGAUCCCAUCUAAUCUCGUGAUUUAAAUUCUGUUUUCAUUUUGAGGACUCCAAAUUCACAUACCUAGACCAGAUAUCACUGCUAAAUUCUAGACCCAUCUACUGCUUUGAUGUCUAAUUGAUAUGUUAAGUUCAACAUGAAUAAAGGUAAUUUCUUAUUUUGCUCACCCUUCACCUGA